UCUCAUUUCUUUUUCUUUUUGACGUCACCCCUGUCUUCUUCCUUCUGUAACCACAUCAGCCGCAUCAAGAGGAAGACGAACUUCUGAAGGAGGAGCUACCCUUUAUAAUCAUUAUUCAAGUGCUCCUUCUCUGCGCUGCCAGCCACUCUCUUUCUUUCUAUAUAUUUGAAUAUAUAUAUAUAUAUAUAGAGGGCGAAAAGAAGUUAAAAAAAAAGAGUUGGAUAGGCUAAUGCUGCAUUUGGGACAUUCUCACAUAUCCAAUACUAUGGAUCUUCGGAUUUCUUGUACCUUCAGCUUCCAUUACUACUAUUCUUGCUCUUCUUGCUAUUUCUCCUUGUCUUCUUCUACGUCUUCUUCGUCUUCCUUGUAUUCUGGAAUUGCUGUCUCAGUGCCCAAACCGAUGGUUGAAUCUAAUAUGACGAAACCCUCAUCCUUCAAAUUGACCCCUUUUCCUUUCACUGUCAAGUCUUCUUCGUCUGCUGGAGAAGACGCGUGAUUCACGUUCAUUUAUUUCAUUUGUCUAUCUCUCCCCUACUCCUCCUCUCUUUUAAUCGUUGCUAUUGUACUAUAUUAUUAUAUCAUCGUCUUCAUCUUUUCCUUUUCUUUUAACCAAAUAGAAUCAUCGUGUUCAUAGAAAGCAAUGUUGUGUGUAUCAAUGCCUAGUUUGUAUAGUCAUUCGAUGACUACCACCACUAAUAGUUCAAUUAUGGCGGCGCUUUUGACAAAUUGUUGCAGGUACAGUGAUUGUCGGCGGCUCAGGUAUGGUUAUGAUUGUCGUGGUUACUGGAAUGAGAGUGGCAAAGCCAAGAAGAACAAGUUCGCAACAAAGGCAAAGAGGGGGUCGAAAUUUUCGCCUACGGCUACCUCUGCUCUAGCUAUGACAAGGAAUUUGUCCCGUCCCAACUUAUACCUGGAGGUUCUAAAGGAUGCCAGGGAAAAGUUUACGCAGGAGAUAUCUUUCCAGUCCAAGGACAAGGACAUCUCCAUUUCAAAGGCUCUGCUGUAUGUUGCAGCUGAGGAUGAGGCAUUUAUGGCCUUCAAUCGAGAAAUGGAUGCUUGUUCACUCUUCAGUGAAAGGAGAGAUGCUUCGGUCCCAUCUGAUUCCCAAAAUUGGGAUUGCUUGGAGAUGAUGCCUUUGUCUGGAAAGAGUAUAAACGGGUGGCUGACUGAGUUGGAUGCCAUUGCCAAAGAAGUCGAGGCGGAGUUAGUUUCAAGAGACAUAGGUUGCCAUUUGGUUGAAGUUCUGGAGGCAGUGAAUGUUGUUCUUUUUAAGUCGAGAGGUUUCAAAAGGUCACCUGUGCUUGUUGAUUCAAAGUAUUCUUACCUGCACUCAGUUUUAAGCUGUGGAUGUGGCAGCGCAAUUUUACUUAGCAUAAUUUAUAUUGAGGUUUGUCGAAGACUUAAUCUGACCAUUGUGGGAUCUCGAGUUGGGGAAGACUUUUUGAUUUGGCCCCAAACAGGGAACCCUGAGGAGCUAUUCAAGGUAACUUCGGGACACAGCUUGUUUGGAGUUGUUAAUGGAAGGUGUGUGGAGGACCCCAGAUCAAAGGCCUCAGACUUAAAUAGUAAUUCACUUUUAGGCCUUGAAAUUGCAACAAAUCGAGACAUUAUUGGGAUUGCUUUGGCUAAUAUGAUAAGACUUCAUUGGAAGCGUGCUUCGAAAACAAACCAUGGAUUGAUGCUGACUUCUCCGCUUAGGCCGGUUCAUGAUGCUAGUGAAAAAGUUACCACAACAGAUGAUUCAAAGGUUCCUCUGCUGCGGCCUCAAGAUCUAAGGUUCAAGAUGCUAAUAUUGCAAGAUUAACAUCAGAAUGGGAGAAUUGUGAAACGUGGAUUCAUAAUAUCGUUCACAUAGAUUCUAAUUUUUUACAGAAAGGCUCAUAUUAACGGUUGCGUUUUCAUGUUGUGAUGAUUGAAUUUCUAUAUAUAAACUGUAGCAUACACCAAUGGUCUCUAGCCUAGAUGGUAUAAGCUCUCCUCUCCCUUUGGGGAGGCUGAGUGUUCGAGCCCCGGUGGGGGCAAAAAUAUGAAGUGGGUGUGUGUGUUUGCUCGAACUUUUGGGGAAAGAUAAAAAAAAACUGUGAAGUGUAGCAUACAGUAUUUAGAUGCCAUAAUUCCUAGACUUCCUACUGACUACUCUUUCUUCGUUUUGAUUCAGCCUGUACUCUUAAUAAACAUUUAGUUACACAUUACCAGGUCCAAAAAUCAAAUGGUUAAGUUUAUUUAAUUUAUGCUGCAAAGGACAGAUGCGUAGAUGUAGAUUUGCUUAUUUGGUUAUAUUCUCCUAUAUGCAAGCCCUUUUCUCAUAGUUUCAAGAUGAACCACAGUCUAGCAUUGACCCUUAUGGACCCCCUUACCCUCCAAAAUUUGGUAAAAUGUAGUUGACAAGGGGAUGGGUUAUAUGAUAUUUUCCAACAUGGACAAUAUACUUGGAAGUUCCAAUGGUAUUUGAUUAUUUACUCUAGUCUAAUAAUUAGAUCAACAUGGUAUAUUUAUUUAUUUUUCAUUUAAUAAAGAAAUGUGCCAUAAAACACAGUAAAAUCUUUUUCUUUGCCUAUCAUACAAAAAACAGGUUGUUUUUUAUGGUUAUUCUGGCAUGUGAUGUGAUAUUGAUUUUGGUCACUUAUCUUGAUUCUUGAGCAUAGUGCUACGUUGUAAUCUUUAUACGGGGGACAGAAUUCUAGUGAACAGAUUGCUAUCUAUAUUUUAAUUUGCUACUACCUUUCAUAAGAUAACGGAUGUGGACUAAUGUGUAGAGGCAGUGUCUUACAUACACCUGGCCGCCACCUCCCACAACCACACCCACACCCACACCCACACACACACACACAAAAAAAAAAAAAAAUGAGAGCUAGAGAGAGAGG